AUGGUUGAGGCCCUGUGUCGCACCUUCCUGCAUGUGGAAUCUGCCGAGCGCUCGGACGUCAGCGGCACCUGGCGAGUGCUGGGGGCUUUGGAGCAUUUGGAACACGCCCAUUGCCACGCCGUCGACGACAAUGCACCAGAAUGGCCCUUUCCGGCGUCGCAGAGAUGCAUAUCGCUGCCAGGUACCCGCCUCGUAUCUGCUCUAUCAGGGAGGAUCCGCACAGGGGACGAGUGCAUCGGGCCAAGCGCCAUGCAAUCUGACAAGUGCAGCGUCGGUGACCGCUCGGGCAGAGAAGGUGCGAGUGCAGGCAGGCGCGACCAGCGAGGGCGCGAGCAGGACGACAACCACACGACGACUGUAUGGCCGCCCACUGCACGGCGUAACCGACCUACGGCCUCACCAUGGCCUGCUAACGCGACGAUGCACCUCUCAGCGCUGACAUGUGCCCGCCUGUCUCUGCCAGCGGCUCGUCUGUGCCGCCGUUUAAUGGCUCUCGUGCCUGACUGGCUAGCCUCGCAGCAGUCCAGCGCCUGUUCCUGGCCCUCGCGCCCGCUGACUGGUCCCUGCGGCGAGUCUCCCUAA